AUGAGCCCGGACUGCAAAUGCACAUGCGCCCCUUCAUGCCAGCCAUGCUUUGAUCGUGCUAACACGGAGCACGUGGAUACUGCUGUGAGCUUCCGGCAGCUCAAAGAGGCAGAGCGCAUUGGCUAUGUCAGGGCCAUCAUGUUCGCCAAUGCGGCAGCCCCAGGUGCAGAAUCUAAUUUGGUGGCCAAUCCGCGACGCCCUCCGCCCAAACGUCGCAAGAACGAGCCCGCGACCGAAGGUGUCGGCGGUGUACUUCCGACAGGCGGGCAGACGCAGAAAAGGUACUCCAUCAUGACUUAUACCAUGCGCGGCCAAAGGCUUUGCCCGGGUGGAUUCAGCGCCUUCACGCAGCUCAGCAAGAGGACACUGGCUGUUCACCACGCUCAGGUCGCCGGUAGCAUGCUGUUCACCCCCUACGUCUCGAACAAACCAGGAACCAAAGACAGUCAGAGAGCGCAUACGCGCAUUGCGCUCGCUUUUCUCGAUGCCUUUGCAGCGCGAGAGGCCGACUGUUGUCCCACUGGACGAGGCAGUAGACGGGGCGCGCCGUUGCUUCUUCUACCAUCACACACCAAGAAGAAGGAUGUCUAUGACGCAUACAAGGAGGCAUAUGCGGGGAUGGCCGAGCUUGAGAAGGCAAACCAGAACCCAACCGCAGCAAGCCCUCGAGCCACCCCUUUGGCACGAAAGUCAUUUCUCGAUUUGUGGAGCAAAAGCCGGCCUAAUAUUCGGAUUCAGAGGACUGGAAGCGACUUUUGCGACCUCUGCUUCCGACUGAAGCAGGAAGCACCCACGAACGAGACCGCAGCGGAUGGCCUCACUGCUCACCGCCUUCAUUACCUUGAAGAGCGUGACUUUUACCACUUUCUGCGGAGCAAUACCAAAGAAGCCAGCGUGCCGUAUGUCCACGUGACGUUUGACUUUGCCGAGAAACUUCUUCUGCCGCGUCUUCAGAAACAGCCAGGCCAGAUGUAUUUGUUAAAUGGACUCCAUGUGGACCUUUUCGGCGUACUAAUCAGCAACAUCAAAACGCAAUUCACCUUCCCCCUCGUCGAGGGGCAUUGGCCAAUGGCAAACGACGCCAACGUAGUAUGUGCCAUGCUUCACCAUACGCUAUCAUCCGAGCGCGUGAAGAGUCUGCCCGGUAUUCGCAACUUGGAGCUUCACGCCGACAACUGCGAUGGCCAGAAUAAAAAUAGAUGGAUUCUUUGGUACCUCGCAUGGAGAGUCGCGACACAGCGCAAUGACUCCAUUCGUCUUCACUUUAUGGUGGCUGGGCACACCAAGAAUCAUUGUGAUGCUCAUUUUAGUCUCAUCAAGCGAGCUGUGAAGAGCAAAGACAUCUGGACCCCGUUGGAUGUCGAGCACGCCGUGGCGACCAGCACCAAGUCGUCGUCAGCGUGUGUACCCGGCAAUAUGGUUGAUUGGCGAGACUGGAAAGGAUACCUUGAGGGGUUUUUCGAUGGCCUCGUGCCCUCUAUCACCACUUUCGCGCACUUUGAGUUCCGGAAAGACAUUCCAGGCUGCGUGUUGGUGCGUCACAGGCCGACGGGGCAGCCCAAGCUCUACACGCUGAUGAAGCAAGGUAUAGACCAUUCCAACCUUGUGCCAUCGGCACCCAUCCGGCAGCUGGACAUUAAAUCCCUCGACGCAUGCUUCAUUGAUAAGAAAAAGGACCUGACCCGUCGACAGUACCUUAAGCGACAUAUUCUCGAGCGCUAUCGGCACGACGACCACGACCAUAUGGCAAGCGAGUUUUUUGGAGACGCUGCAGAGUAG